GUGGGCUCCGAGUCAACAGGCACGACAGUGAGCACCGGGUCAUCAGGUACCGGAUUGUCUGGCUCGACAGCGGGCACCGCGUCAUCUGGCAAGGCAGUGGGCUCCGAGUCAACUGGUAUGACCGCGGGCACUGGGUCAGACAUUGGAUCGUCUGGCUGGACAGCGGGCACUGGGUCACCAGGCAUCAGGUCAUUUGGCUUGACAGCGGGCACCGCGUCAUCUGGCAAGGCAGUGGGCUCCGAGUCAACAGGCACGACCGUGAGCACCGGGUCAUCAGGUACCGGAUUGUCUGGCUCGACAGCGGGCAUCGGGUCACCAGGCAUCAGGUCAUUUGGCUCGACAGCGGGCACCGGAUCAGGUACCGGAUCAUCUGGAUCAACAGCGGGCAUCGAGUCAACUGGCCUAAUAGGAUCGUCAGGCUGGAUCAGUUCAUCAUGCUGGGUAGAGGCAUCAGGCCAAGUAGAGGCUUCAGGCCGAGUAGAGGCUUCAGGCCGAGUAGAGGCAUCAGGCGAG